AUGUCGCCAGCCAGCUCGGUGGUCGCGCUGGCAGCAGUGCUGGUGGCGCUGCAGCUGUCUGCGGCGGCGGCGGCGGCGGUUGAUGCGCACGGCUGCACCCGGAAGUGCGGGGACGUGGACGUCCCGUAUCCGUUCGGCGUCGUCGGUGAUCCUGGCGGGACAGACUGCUACUUGCCGGGGUUGAAUCUCACCUGCGAGACAGGCCGCAACAACGCCCCCCCUCAGCUCCUGCUCGGCGACGGCAGCCUCCAAGUCGUCGGCAUCUUCAUCGAGAACGCCACCGUGCGCGUCGUACAAGCCGGCGGCAUAAUAAUAGACGCCGACGGCAACGGAACGUUCGGCGGCGGACUCAGGGUCCACGGGCCCUACACGCUGUCCGUCGGCAACGAGCUCAUUGUAACGGGUUGCAACAUGACGGCGACGCUGCGCGAGAAGAGCAGCCACAUCGUCAUGAGCGCAUGUGCCUCCUCCGGUCCCAUCAUCGGUGCCGCCAUGAAAACCGGAAGAAGCAAUGGCACCUGCAACGGCUGGGAUUGCUGCCAGGCGCCCAUCGCCGUCAUCCGUGAUGUAGCUCAUAGCUACGUAACGUUCAAAUGGUUCGGCCAUAACAAAAGCGUGGACGAGGAGUCGUCCUGGUGGCCCGCCCGCGUGUUCGUCGCCGAGGAGGGGUGGUUCCACAUUGGCGAAAUGCAAUUUUCUUUGUCAGAAGAUGCAAUGGCAGUGCCCUUCCUUCUGGGCUGGGCGAUCGUCGAUGUAGACCCACCCCCGUCCUGGCCAUCCGCGACUGAUUACACCGACUGGUGGUACGUGGAACCCCGUGAGUGCCCCAGUAUAGUGACCACCAGCAUAUGCAAGAGCAACAAAAGCAAGUGCGGUCAGGUUAGAGGCUACCGCUGCUACUGCGAAGACGGUUACGAAGGCAAUCCCUACAUCCCCGGAGGCUGCCAAGGAAAUAUAAAUGAGUGCGAGCAACCAGGAGGAAGUCGGUGCCUUGGUAAAUGCACCAAUACGCAAGGAUCUUUUAAGUGUGGGUGUCCAUCAGGAACCCAGGGCGACCCCAACCUGAAUGAAGGUUGCAUCGUCCCUUCGGUCAUAGACACAGGUAACUGCAACACGUCAUGUGGUGACGUGAAAGUACCGUACCCUUUCAGCAUGGGGCCCCUCCACUGCUACAGACCAGGGUUCAACCUCACCUGCGACACAACAAGCGAGAACAUCACACGGCUGCUGCUCGGCGACUAUGGAGACUUUCAAGUCCUCGACAUCUCCCUCACGAACACCACAGUGCGUGUCGUUCACACUGGUGCCUUCUUAGGCCUCACCUCCCGAGAAGACACUUUCUAUUUCGAAGAUGUUUUCACGCAACCCUGGGAGAAGCCCUACUCCCUGUCGACCCGUAACGAGCUCAUCCUCAUGGGAUGCAAUGCCAAGGCGACGUUGCUUGCGUCCGACAACAAAGCCAUCCUUAUCGGAUGCGCCUCCUUCUGCUCCUCCGACGUGAAUGGCACCUAUGCUACGACGGUGGCAAGGCGCAACCACGGCAAGUACUGCUAUGGCAUGGGCUGUUGUCAGGCACGCAUCUCCAUGUCCAAGUACGGCGUGCUUGGGGCAUUGAGCUUAGAAGGGCUCGACCGAAGCAACGCGCUAAAUCCGAAAUCGACAUAUGUUUUAAUCGCAGAGGAAGGGUGGUUUGAUUUGGGUAGGUUGUCCGACGAGCUGGCGCAGACCAUUCAGCACGAGGAAAUUUCCAUGAUUCUACAGUGGGAGGUCUUGCUGCCCGGCUUUCCUCCGGCUAAAGUGAGCUCGCAGCAGCCCAAUUGUCCCGCAGAGGUAGCCGAUAGCAUCUGCAAGAGCGAGCACAGCCACUGCGUACAAGAGAGACGUGGCUAUUCGUGCCAAUGCAUGGACGGCUACCAGGGCAACCCCUACCUCGUUGAUGGAUGCCAAGGUGGCCGCCGCCGGUUAUUAUUUAAAGAUAAAGGUGUCAUCAUAGGAGUUGCCAGCGGGGCGGGCUUUGUACUUCUGAUUUUUAUCGGGCUCUUUAUUUCCAAAAAAUUGAAGCACAAAAGGGCACAAAUGUUGAAGCGAAAGUUCUUUGAGCAGAACCGUGGUCAAUUAUUGCAACAAUUGGUAUCCCAAAGAGCCGAUAUUGCAGAAAGGAUGAUCAUACCUUUAGAAGAGCUAGAGAAGGCAACAAAUAACUUUGAUAAAGCUCGUGAGCUUGGUGGUGGAGGGCAUGGCACCGUCUACAAAGGAAUUUUAUCAGACCUCCAUGUUGUGGCUAUCAAGAGACCAAAGAAGGUGGUUCAAAAAGAGAUUGAUGAGUUUAUAAAUGAGGUUGCUAUACUGUCACAAAUCAACCAUCGGAAUGUGGUAAAACUCUAUGGUUGUUGUCUUGAAACAGAAGUCCCAAUGUUGGUCUAUGAGUUCAUAUCAAAUGGAACCCUUUAUGAUCAUCUUCAUGUUGAAGGACCAAGAUCAUUGUCAUGGAGCGACAGGCUACGAAUAGCAAUUGAAACAGCUAAAUCCCUAGCAUAUCUUCACUCGACAGCUUCAAUACCUAUCAUCCAUAGAGAUAUCAAGUCAGUUAACAUACUUUUGGACGAUACUCUAACAACAAAGGUAGCAGAUUUUGGAGCUUCAAGGUAUAUUUCAGUGGAGAAAUCAGGGUUAACAACCAUGGUGCAAGGUACCAUCGGAUAUUUAGACCCUAUGUACUUCUAUACAGAGAGACUUACGGAGAAAAGUGAUGUCUACAGUUUUGGUGUCAUGGUUGUAGAACUGUUGACCAGAAAGAAGCCAUUUUCAUAUUUAUCCCCUAGCGGUGAUGGUAUUGUUGCACAUUUUGCUAUGUUAUUUGCAGAAGAUAACUUGUCGCAGAUACUAGAUCCACAAGUUAUAAAUGAGUGGAGCAAAGAAGUCCAUGAAGUCGCUGCACUUGCAAUAGCAUGUACACAGUUAAAAGGAGAGGAUCGCCCAACCAUGCGACAAGUGGAGUUGACAUUGGAAAACUUACAAUCAUCAAUGCAUAUUGUUUCAGAUAAUGUGGUGGAUGAGGAAUUUGAGAAUGACGUUAUUCCAACAAAUUGCCCAAUGAAUGAGCAUGAAAGAGGCAGCGAUGAGGAUUCAACAAGACAAUAUAGUAUGGAAGAAGAGUUCAUGAUAUCAUCAAGGUAUCCUCGGUAG